AUGAUCCCAGGUCUCGGCUAUGGUCAUUCUCAAGGCUUUGGUUGGCCGCAGCCGCAGCAACAGCAACCGACGGUAGCAUCUCAAGUUCCUUACCCACAGUCGUGGCAGCCUCCGCGCGAGGGGCCCAACCUCAUCCCAGCAGCGCAGUACUACCAGUCGGACGAUGCACACAAGCCCCAGGCACCUAUGGCCUCGAGGGUACUUCCACCUACUGCGCCCAAGGGGCUUGUAAAGUCAACGAGUGACGAUGCCGAGGAGGGCGAGCUAAGCGACGGUGAACUUGACGAUGUCUACGAGCCGCAAGACACUGUUCCCGGUACCAGUGCCCAGCAACCUGACAAAGACUCGCGAGCGGCUACGAAGAUGGCCGGCCAGAACGGAAGCGAUAAUACUGGAUGCGCAACUGCCACCUGGUACGGCAGUGCGAAAGAUGACGGGAUCAAGACUCCCGCAGCUUCUGGCAUUGAUGAACGAGAGCGGUCCGGAUCCUACUCCCCUCACCUGUCUCCUCACGAAGUACACUCGCACAUUGAAGCGAAUAACCAACACAGUAGCUCUCCGCAGACACACGUGUUCCGUGGCCAGGCUUCCCAGUCUUCCCUGGCCGGCGCCGGUCAGCAGUCGGCCAAGAAAGCCAUGGAGGAUGCUCGGCAAAGAGCCCGGUCGGCCAUUCUCAGCUUGUGGCCGCUAGGUAUCCGUCAGCAGGACUAUGUCGACGAGGGCAUCGAUAGGACUGUUGUCAAGGACCUCUUGGCCGAGCUGAAACUGGAUCCGGGCACCCCAGGCCAGAGCAUCAUUCCUGGUCUCUCGACUACUACGCAACCACCGGGUCUCUCUCAGUCGUACGGCCAGUCCAGCUCUCAGGCUAUCAGUACGCCUGCACCAGCAUCAAUCUCGAAACCUACGGGUCCGGUGUCGUUCACGGCGGCUAAAUCAGCUGGGGAAGAGAGAAAAGAUCGAAUUGCGCGUCUAUUGGCAGCAAAGGGCGCAAAGCCCGCAUCGUCGGCGCCUAACAGCAGUACACAGGUUGCGAAUACGAGCGAGAAGACAACUGUUCAGCAACAGAAGCUCGAUGCCCUUCAAAAGUCCCGUGAAGCUCGAGCUCAGAAGGCCGUAGAACGAAAGGGGUCAUUGCAAGCGGCUCAGUCGAAGGAGACAUCCCCAGCAUCACCGACUCAGAGAUCCUUGUCAGCAACCGCUGUUGCCCCGACCGGUCCUUCUGCGAACCAAAAUGCCCAGGCUGGUCUCUCGCAGCAACCGGCUCCUCAAAUUGCUCCUGCGUCGACUAUUCCUGGUCUUUUCAUGGCCGCCCCACAACCUGCCUCUGUUACCCAGCGGAAACGACCUGUCGCAGCUGACUUCGUGUUCAGCUUGAAUGCCAACAAGCGGCCAUUUGGCCACACACAGCCAAGCAAGCCCUUUGUCAUCGAUGUCAGCGAUGCUUCUGACGACGAGGAUGUUGAGAUGGAGAUAGGGUCUCCCACGGACGAUCCAGUGAGCAUCCAACGCACCGACACGCCGUCUCGAAAGACGGCGUCUUUCCGUGACUUUCCCCCGUUAACAGAAGGUCUUCGCCAGCGCCAGCUCUCUAGCCCAGCUCCGAGCCAUGUCGUCACGCCUCAGUCUGGUAUCACAGGCACUCAGCCAAAGCAAGCCCAUAUUGACGUCAUGGAUAAACAGAUAGAGGCCAUGAAACGGAAGAUUGCUCUAGCUGAAGCUCGCGCCAAGCUGAAGGCUGCAAUGAGCAACCAGUCAGGUGUUCCGAAGUCCAACAGACAUACACCAGACACCACUCUUGAUUCAGAGAGUAGUAAGCCAGGCAUGCGGCGAGUUCAGUCUAUGGAUGCAUCCAGUGCAUCUGAUCAUCUCAACGGUCAGACGUCUCCGGCAAUGGCCGAACCCAGUAGUUCCAUGCGCCUACCCAGGCUGUCCGACAAGCGCGUCAAGGAUGACUCGAGCCGAGCCCAAAAGCUCCGCGUGGUCAGCACCAAUCUUCCUCUUAUGGAGAGUCGUUUGCAGGCGAAGAGGAGCAAGCUUCGCCUUCUUCAAUCGCAAAUGUCUCGUCUGGAGAGAGAGAUUGAGGAGGAGAUGGCGGAGAAGCAGAAGUUGACUGAGCAGAUGGAACAGCUCGACCAGGACUCCGAUGAAUCGGGCGAGCCCCAAAAUCAGCUCAAGAGCAAUUCUGUCGAUCCAGUUGUCACUCAGGCAGCGACAGGACUUCAGCCCAAGGCGCAAAGCCCAUUGCCUGCCGCCGCAGCAGCCCUUGCGGACCAGAGCACCGAUACAACUGCUGCAGCUUCCAAGGCCGCAGCCAUCAACCCCUCCCAGGCCCCUUCGACGGAACGUGACAGUAAAGCUUCUACUCCUCUGCGAGAAGAUGCGGUCAUUGGUAAAGCCGCAACAAGUUCCCCUAAAGACCCACCCUCCACAGAGAACCCAGUGUCUGCUGCUCCCAAGAUUCCUGUCAACCACGAGGUCGUAGGUAAUAACGCGGAGUCUCAGCCUGCUACAAGUGAUGAUGCCUCUGAUAUUGUCAUGGGCGAGUCUGAUGAUUCGAGUUCUUCGGAGCAAGACCGAGAGCCCUCUUCAAAUGCCUCCAAUCCCCCUGACAACACCACUUCCGCAGUGGCGACAAGGUCUCCAUCCUUCAGUCCAGUCGCGGCAGACAGCUCUGUCUCGCUAGUCAAUAGUGACACUGACUUGCAGCAACAAAGUUUUAGAGCCUCACCAAUCCCUGAGCAGAUCUCGCUAGGAGUCAAUGAGUCAACUCCUGAGCAGGGAGUUGAUGCCGUUAGAGAAGCCCUGCCCGUUACACAUAGCACUGCUGAGCCCUCAACCGCCGACCGCUUCACCCCCUACGAGAGUCCGCUCCAGUAUUUCCGUGCUUACCGAUAUCAUCCCAAAUUUGCUGAAACCGUCCCUGGCGGGCUUCGGUCCCUCACCUACAGCAAUAGGAUCGACCCGAACCUCCCCAUCUGCCCAGAUCAGCUGGCCAGCCGCGACUGUCCCAGGGGUGCUGACUGCAUUUACCAGCAUUUCGAGUCCAUGAAGCUGCCGGACGACCAAAUUCUCCUCCAGCUUGGCGGUACUACACACGAAGGGCCUGAAAGGGCAAAGUUCAAUGAGGGGUUGCGGAAGCUGCUCCAAGAGAUGAGAUCGCAGAACAUCAAGGACUUCCCCAGCAUUGCACAAGGCAUUGUCGACUAUCGCAAUCGCUUCAUCGGCGAUCCGUCAAAGAUCUUGCCUCUCGGCAACGUCUCGAUCUAG